AUGAGAAGAAAUUUUUGUCAGCGUGAGGAAGUUGGAGUAGGAUGAACAGUUGGGAUAAAAACGAGAACUUUGAGGAACUCUGCGGAUGUUACGAAGGAGGAGAAGAAGAAGCAGAAAGUAGAAAUAGCAAACGAGACAAAGAUUCAGACAGACACACAGACAAAGACACAGAAAACCCACAUUAACCACAUUGACAUUAACGUUAACAUUAUUUCGUAUAUAUUCAUUGUAUCCAACGAAAAAACAAACAAGAUCUUCAAUUCCAUUCUAUUGCCUUUUCUCUUUCAAUAAAACUUCAAUAUGAUCCCAAACUUAAGGUGGUAAUUUCGCCAAUAUAGUAAUACCAAACAAGGAGGAUGAAUCGAAACCCAACUGGGUUGGUGUUGGUUUUGGUGUUUCUGAUUGUUUUCCAUGGUUGUGAUGCAUCUUUGCUUUCCAAGAUUCGGAAACUAGCCGCAGGUAUUGACCCAAAGAACAACAAUGUUCCUCAAGAGAUUUCUCCAUCGGUUAGUCCCAGUCCGGUUCCAGGAGUAGAUUUGCUUACAAAUGGAGGCAUUGUGUCUAACUCUGAGAACCACAAGAAGAAUGUGCAGACACCUUACACUUCUCCAGCACCUAGCCCAGCUGGUGCUGAGAGCCAAAUCACUGAGAGAUGUAUGGGCUCAUCCGAGAGUUGCCAUUAUCAGAAGGACAUUAAUAUGACUGCCUGCUUGUAUUCCCCUUCUAAUGCCAACAAGGAGCUGUUUCUUCUUAUACAAAACGAUGGAGAGAGUUUUCUGGAAGUGGAUGUUACAAUAUUAAAUGUCGAAAAUACUUCCCAGGAGAUAAACGUAACGAACCAUCAUGUCAAAAAGGUCCAUGUCUCGGAUGGAGGAAGUCCGUCAAUAGUGCUAAAUGCUGGAAAUGGAAAGUGUAUAAUUCACUUGGGAUCAAGUAAACCAAAGAACAUGUUUAUGAACCUUCCUCCCUAUGCCUCACAUGUAAGUCCUACCCAUGGAGCCUACGUGUUGUUUUUGGCAGCUCUAGUUAUUGGAGGAACAUGGGCCUGCUGUAAGUUGAGAAAAAAGGGACCUCAGGUUGAUGGAAUCGCAUAUCAGGAGCUUGAAAUGGCGCAGCCAGACUCUCCUACAGCUAACCAUGCAGAAACAACUGAUGGUUGGGAUCAAGGUUGGGAUGAUGAUUGGGAUGACGUCGAGACAGUGAAGUCACCAAGUGCACGCCAAAACGGAAAUGCCUCAUUGAAUGGACGUACUUCCAGAUCUUCUGAUAAAGAUGGAUGGUGAAUUGAACAGGAGGAGCAGGGCAAAGAAUUGCACGUAAACUCUUCCACUACCACUCAAAUGAAAGGUGAGGGCGUGAUAAAGCUAAUAACAACAGAAUCAAAGUAAGAAUUUACAUGUAGAAAGUAGAGUAAUCUUCAGGAGGGUUAAUUUUUUUGAACGUCCAUUACUCAUACCUGUGCUCAUGUAAAACCCAGAGAGGGUUUGAUAACAAUUUUGGUCUGCAAAACAAGUUUAUCAUUUUUUUUUGUCUUUUUUACUUCAAAAUUUACAUGGUUAUUGCAUUGCAUUAUCUUUUUUCACAA